GGGCACUCGAUGCGUUCGCGCGGCACCAGCAGUUCCUACUCACGCUACAACAACAAUAACAACAACAACCAUGCAAUAACACAACAUUGCUACGGCAUUAACAAUGCAUUCGUAAAUGCACGUGCAGCAGCAGCACGGCGUUGUGUGGAUGCAGUGGCAUUACACUCGGAUGGUCAACGCGAAUGCUUGAUGCUCAAGUGGGAGAUCGCAAACUCUAGCGAGUUUGCGGCGACUGUCCGCUGCUUCUUCGUGUUGUCGUACGGGCGCUGAUGCAGAUCAACGGCGACACCUUCACAUUCAGGUGGUCAAGGAAGCAGACGGCCGCGUCAGGAACAAGCGGAGGGAAUUCGCACGGGACAAAAUCAAACAAAACACCCCUCCCCAGUGACCGCGGCGGGGCUCUGCGAUGUCCAUCGUCGCCGAGAGUGAAUUCGGCUGGCUGCUGGAUCACCUCGCCCACGUGAAUUCGGCAGCGGAGAGCACGGCGGAGGCGGACAGCCCGGCUUCGGGGUUGCGGUUCAACGCGGAGUACUUUCACCAGCCGCGCCCGCACAUCGCUGCCGGGGCCAGUGCGGAGACUGUGGCGUGCGGCGAGAGGCAGCUGGAGGACGGAGGAGAUGGCGCCAUCGCGCUGCUGGGCAGUACCGUUAAGAGAAAGCGCAAAAGAAAAAGGAACGACAUGAAUCAGGGGGAGAUUGAUGCCUUGGCUUACCACCAAACGAUCAGAGAUUUUGUGCUGGAGGGCUCGAGGAAUCUCGUAGACCUGGGACGUCAACGGAAUCUCCUCCUGCCUGGCACUCUCAUUCCGGGCCCUGUCGAGCCGUCAUCACCACGGCGACAUUGUCCCGGCACGGACUACGUCCCCGCUGGGGAACACGAACCGCGACGCGGCACCCAGGGCAACCACAGCAGCCGGGCUCCCGCCGCCGAGACGCCCAACGUGAAAGAAUCGGGAGGUGCAGCGGCACCGGCGAGCCGUGCCGGGUGUCGCGACGUCUGCUGCCGCGCCUGUCGCGACGUGGCUGUCGACGCGGAACCGGAUCCGCUGGCGGAACUGUGCGACGCCGACGCCGCCGAUGCCGUGGGAAGGGGGCGUCUGCCGGAGCGAGCGAGCGACGUACUGGUGCUGGAGGACGCGGGAGCAGGGACGACAGAGCUGACGGCCAAGACGGCAGUGGGCCGCGUGGUGGAAAACCGGCGGCGGGGGCCGAGCGUCGUGGAUUUUAACGGACACGAAUACGUGCUGCCACCCAGGUGCAGCUUCCUCCUGUCUGACGUCGCGCGACUCGAACCGCUGCUGCAGUAUGGGACGUUCGAUUUGAUCGUUUUGGACCCGCCCUGGGAAAACAAGUCUGUCAAGAGGAGCAAAAGGUACCGCGCGCUGCCAGAGUGGCAGAUCGCGCGUCUGCCGGUGCCGGCGUUGGCAUCUCCAGGCUGCCUCGUCCUCACCUGGGUCACCAACCGCCAGAGGCUCCUGCAGUUCGUCAAGCGGGAGCUGUACCCGUCGUGGCGCGUGAGCGACGCCGUGGAGUGGCACUGGGUCAAGGUGACGAGCCACGGGGAGUUCGUCUUCCCGCUGGACUCGCCGCACAAGAAGCCGUACGAGACGCUGGUGCUGGGACGCGUUGCAGCGACGCCAGACGUGGAGCGUCUCCCUGAACUCCCCACACGGAAGCUCCUGGUCAGCGUGCCCAGCAUCCUUCACUCCCAGAAGCCUCCGCUGCUGAACGUGUUGAGACCCUUCCUGGCGCCCUCUGCUCGGCGCCUCGAGCUGUUUGCGCGCAAUCUCCACCCGGGAUGCACCAGCUGGGGCAACCAAGUGCUCAAAUAUCAGCAUCUGCGGCACUACACGCACGCUUCUCCCUCGCGCAAAUAACGCCUGGG